UAGCAGCAUGGCGACAGCAGCAGCAGAAAACAACGAUGGAGCUUCAUGUGAAAGUGAUAACAUUAAAUAUAAAGAUGAUGAACCGACAACAAGCCAGAGUUCGUCUAACGAACGCAGUACAGAAGCGAAACCGGUGUGUCUCAUAGUUUUAGGCAUGGCAGGGUCAGGAAAAACUACUUUUGUGCAGAGGCUCACCGCCUACCUGCACUCCAAGAAAACUCCUCCAUAUGUCAUCAAUCUAGAUCCUGCUGUUCACGAGGUCCCUUUUCCUGCCAACAUCGAUAUCAGAGACACUGUCAAUUACAAGGAAGUCAUGAAGCAAUAUGGUUUAGGUCCAAAUGGAGGAAUCGUCACAUCUCUGAAUCUAUUUGCAACACGAUUUGAUCAGGUCAUGAAGUUUAUAGAGAAAAAGCAAAGUAAUCACGAGUAUGUUUUGAUUGACACUCCAGGGCAAAUAGAGGUGUUCACAUGGUCAGCGUCUGGAACCAUCAUAACUGAAGCACUGGCCUCUUCUUUUCCCUGUGUGGUCAUUUAUGUGAUGGAUACAUCUCGAAGUGUCAAUCCAGUCACCUUUAUGUCCAACAUGCUCUACGCCUGCAGCAUUCUCUACAAGACCAAAUUGCCUUUCAUAGUCGUCAUGAAUAAGACAGACAUCAUUGAUCAUAGUUUCGCAGUGGAGUGGAUGCAGGAUUUUGAGGUCUUCCAGGAUGCACUGAAUCAGGAGACGUCGUACGUUAGUAGCCUGACGCGCUCCAUGAGUCUCGUUCUGGACGAGUUCUACACAAACCUGAGGGUUGUCGGUGUGUCUGCAGUGACGGGGUCUGGACUUGAUGAACUGUUCGUACAGGUUGCAGAUGCUGCAAAAGAAUAUGAAACCGAGUAUCGUCCAGAAUAUGAACGUCUGCACAGAGAGUUGGCUGAAGCUCAGAGUCAGAAACAACAGGAGCAGUUGGAACGCCUUCGGAAGGACAUGGGAGCAGUUCCCAUGGAAACUGCAGCUCCAACUGAAGCCCCAUAUCUUGGUGGACCAAGUGACCUCAUUUUUACCCGCGGAAACCCAGAUGAAGCUGAGGAAGAAAUAGACAGCGAUACUGAUGAUAUUGAUCACACAGUCACAGAAGAGAGUAAAGAGGCUGGCGCUUUCGGGAACUUUCUGAAGGAGAGAAGGGAAAUAGUGGAGGUGCGCAACAGGAAGACCAACUGAGGGCAGGAAAUGGUCACUAUGUAUGUACACUGAUCCAUCACACAUUAGAGUUUGAUUCUUAACUCUGACGUUAUUUUGGACGACACCAAUAUAUUUAGGUUGGUCAUUUUGGGCUGUUGUACCUGCCUGCCUGUACGUCCCACUGCAACAUUAACUUGUCUGCACUGAGAGUUCAGAAUUGCACAUUAAUAAAGGAUGUAAGAAAAACUCCAUCAAAAAUUCUAUCAAGGACUGCAGUAGUUAAAUCUGCAUCUGUGUCUACACUGAGCAUGUCCGUUUGUUUUUCUUUUGCAUAUUUAGUUUAUGUACAUUCUACAAUCUUGCUCGGCUGUUUAUAAACGUGGUAUUUCCAAAGAAAAUUGGAAUUGAAGCCAAAAUCUGCAGUUUGACUGAAAUUCUGUACCUAUAAAGUUCAUGUUUCUAUGAUACAAAAUAAAUAUUUUUUAUACAUA